AUGCAGGCGCGGCGUCUAGCCAAGCGCUCCAGCCUGGGCAGCCGCCGGGGGGGCGCCGCGCUGCAGCCGGCCGGGCCCGCGCCCGCGCCCGCCAAGGAAGCCUCCCUGCCCGGGCUCCCGCCCCAUGCCCCGGGCCCGGCUUCGGCUCCCGCCCCCGCCCGGGAGAGCUGGAGGCCGCCGCUGCCGCCGCCGCGCGGCGCUGGGACCGGCCCCCCUCGGGCCGCCGGGGCCGCCGCCGCCUCGUCGCCAGUGCUGCUGCUUCUCGGGGAGGAAGACGAGGACGAGGAGGGCGGGAGCAGGCGGCGGCGGGGGCUCGGGCGGGUGGAAGAGAAGCCCCGAGGGGGCGCGGAGGAGGAGGAUGACGACGAGGAAGACGAGGACGAGGAGGUGGUCGUCGAGGUGGUGGACGGCGACGACGACGACGAGGAUGGCGAGGAGCGUUUCGUGCCCCUCGGACCCGGCCGUGCGGUCCCCAAGGGCCCGGCCCGGGGCGCGUUGAAGGUGGGGAGCAUUAAGCGGGAAAUGACCUUCACAUUUCAAUCAGAGGACUUAAAACGUGACUCUAGUAGAAAAAUGUCUCAACAACAUUUGUUCUCCUUGGCCAUGGAGGAAGAUGUGAAAACAGCAGACACCAAAAAAGCCAACCGGGUCCUUGACCAUGAAAAAGAAAACACUCGCUCCAUCUGUCUCCUUGAACAAAAACGAAAAGUUGUUUCUUCCAAUAUCGAUGUUCCUCCAGCAAGGAAAUCUUCAGAGGAACUGGACAUGGACAAGGUGACAGCAGCAAUGGUACUGACCAGCUUGUCAACCAGCCCUUUGGUUCGAAGCCCUCCUGUGCGGCCGAAUGAGGGCCUCAGCGGAUCCUGGAAGGAGGCGAGCUGCGUGCCUUCCAGCACGAGCAGCAGCGGCUACUGGAGCUGGAGCGCCCCCAGCGACCAGUCCAACCCGUCCACGCCGUCGCCGCCGCUGUCGGCCGACAGCUUCAAGCCCUUCCGCAGCCCCGCGCAGCCGGACGACGGCAUCGACGAGUCGGAGGCCAGCAACCUGCUCUUUGACGAGCCCAUUCCCAGGAAACGAAAGAACUCCAUGAAGGUAAUGUUCAAAUGCCUCUGGAAAAACUGUGGGAAGGUGCUGAGCACUGCGGCAGGUAUCCAGAAACACAUCCGGACCAUCCAUCUGGGGCGUGUCGGGGACUCUGACUACAGCGAUGGAGAAGAGGACUUUUACUACACUGAGAUCAAGCUCAACACAGACUCAGUGGCCGAAGGACUGAGCAGCCUGGCCCCGGUCUCACCUUCCCAGUCCCUGGCCUCGCCUCCUACUUUCCCCAUCCCAGAUUCAAGCCGAACAGAAACUCCUUGUGCCAAAACCGAGACUAAACUGAUGACGCCCUUGAGCCGCUCAGCUCCCACCACCCUCUACCUCGUGCACACCGACCACGCUUACCAGGCCACACCCCCUGUGACCAUUCCAGGAUCGGCCAAGUUCACCCCCAAUGGCAGCAGCUUCAGCAUUUCCUGGCAGUCUCCUCCGGUCACUUUCACAGGCAUUCCAGUGUCACCAACACAUCAUCAUCCAGUAGGCACAGGAGAGCAGAGACAGCACGGCCACACAAUCCUGUCCUCCCCACCCAGGGGCACCGUCAGCUUGAGAAAGCCCAGGGGAGAGGGCAAAAAAUGCCGGAAGGUGUACGGGAUGGAGAAUCGAGACAUGUGGUGCACCUCCUGCCGCUGGAAGAAGGCCUGCCAGAGGUUCAUCGACUGAGAGAUGCCCAGGCAGAGGGGCCCCAGCCUGAGCCACUCCUGCCCUGGCCUUCCGGUGUAGGUGUUGGAAAGAGCUUUUCCUUCUGAAUAAAACACACUUGAAGCCCAGGAAAAGCACUUCCAGAAACCUUGGUGGAAUAACAGCAACAACAACAAAAAAAGUCACUAUCUUUACUGCUUUUCCCUGAGAACCCAGCCUAGAGCAGCUAUAACUAAUUUUUUUUCUUUCAAAAGAAAAGUCAACUUUUUUGCUGUAUAUCUAGGUCUUAAAACUGGACUUCUGAAACUAUUGAACCAACAAAGCCCAUUUUACCUAGAAAGGCAUAUUUUGAUAAGCUUUCUGAAUUAUGCCAUUUCUGAGAUUUUUUGACAAACACAAAAAAAUAAGCUACACAUUAUUCAGUAGCAAUUGUACAAAGAACGAUACCUGCUUUUGUUGUGAAUAAUCUUUUCCCUGUUUUCCAUUUGACUUCUUGGAGCAGUACACAUCAUGAUGUGUUGCAAGAAAGUGCAGCACGCUGGGUAUCUUUUCUAUGUCUUUUUGUUUGUUUUCUUUUUAAGAAUGGCUCCAAACUGAACCAUGGUAGAGCUGUUAGCUUGGUGGGCCCCAGAUGGCACAAACUUGAAAAGCAAUUGGCCGUGGAAAUCACCAGCAGACAUCAGCCCCAAGCUAAGUUCAGGAAAUCCAGCUGUCACUGUUGGGAAACAUCUAGGAGUCUUCCUUGGAUUUAUAAGAAGCUUUUCCCCAAGAGGCAGCACAGCUAAUUCUCUACCUGCCACAACUCAGUCAAGAACUGGCCCCCAUAGCCAUCUGGGUAAGCCUUGAUGCUUCUUUCAGGGAUGUGAUGCAAACAGCAGCUCGGAUCUAUUUGUUACCGCGUGUCUGUCAAGACCGUAGCCAGGUUAAUGAGUCAUUGGUCCUUCCCUCCAAACUCCACCACUGACUGACUGCAGAAAAGGUAGAGAACUCCAAACUCUCCCAGCAGGUUUGCUUUAGACAAACAACACAGCCGACAUGUCCCCAUCUGUUCAGAAAGUCAUGUUAGGUCCACAAACCACUUCCAUUCUGAGAGCACUUUUAUAGGUUUUAUGCUUUAGCAUGUCUGGGAGAUGGGUUAACGAACAAUAUAAACAUUAUAUGGGUAAAUGGGAGGUCCAAACCUUUAUUUUUCUUAUAAAAAUACUGGAGCUAUUCAGUAAGAAUUUACUCAAAAGGGAACAUA